AUGCUGCAACUAUUGGACGAGCCAUGUGUCAUUGUUAUGGAUAAUGCACCAUAUCACAGCGUACUAGUGGAGAAUGUGCCGAAAUCAAAUACAAAAAAAUCCGAUGUUCAAAAGUGGCUAUCCGAAAAAGGCAUCGAUUUUUCUCCUACAGAAACCUUGGUGGAACUAAGAGAAAAAGUAAAAAUGGCAAAACCGCGUGAAAAACGAUAUCAGUUGGACGAGUUGGCAUAUCAAAUGGGGCAUGAAGUGAUCAGACUUCCGCCUUAUAGCUGCCAAUACAACCCGAUUGAACUAAUUUGGGCGCAGGUAAAAGGUGAAGUUGCAACCAAAAAUACAACAUUUAAAAUAGCCGACGUCGAAAAACUUAUGCACGAAGCCAUAGAUGCAGUUACCACAGAAAAUUGGGAAAAAUGUGUAAGACACGCAGAACAACUACAAAAUAAAGAUUUUAAAAAAGAAGGAUUCAGAGAUUGCAUAUUGGAACCCAUCAUUUUAACAAUCGACCCCAACGACAGCGAUUGUAGCAGCAGUGAAGACGAAGACUACCUUUGA